AUGGAUGGGGUUUUUCCUUUUAGUCCAGCCAAUUCGGAUAGUAUCUUUUCCGUUCGGUUUUACCCCAGGGAGUACAGGCGUCAACUAACGGAUAUAAAGAGGCGUAAGGCAGAAAACAGGGAACUCAUGGCAGAACACACGAAUUCGGAACUAUCUUAUGGGGGAGCUUCUGCGGACCCUAAUGUCGCUCCUGCAAUUGAAAAUGAAGAGGCUGAGCAAGCACCCGCUGCUGGUGAUGACCGGGUUAACUUUGAGAAUAGUUUGAGCCUUGCAGAUAAUAGCGGACAGUCAGAGCAGCCAUCCAACUCUGCAGAUAUCCCGGAUAACAUUCAGAAUAGAAACAACUUCUUCUUGGAAUUGCAAGAAGCAAAUAAUAUCUCUAAGGCAGCUUACAAGGAACUCACGACAAUUGCUGUCGAAGCAAAAACUUGGGUUGUUGCUACCCCUGCAUUGGGUUCGCUUGACGAAUACGUGCAAAUGUUUCGAGGUCCACCCCUGCCGGGAAAGAGAGUCCACUGUUCCACUCACAGUGAAGUUGUUCGAAUUCACCCGGAUCAUCUGGUUUCUAUAAUGAUGGAUGCGGAUAAAUGGGCUUCAUCCCUAUCCCACAUUGUCUCUCGUAAAUCUGUCCCUAUCCCACCUGCUGUGUUUCUAGAGCUGGGAACGUUUGAUCGUACAAUCAAAUCCAUGGUACUGGUGGACACAGAGUUCCAGUUACCAACACCACUAUUUCGACCGACAAAAUUCGGUUUCUGGAGAUGUCUCAGGGAGAUCGUACCUGAUGUAUGGGCCAUUCUUGACAUAUCAAGGGAUUAUUUCCCAGGUGCAUUCGUUUCUGAAUCUGAAAACAUGUGCCGAAAGAGGCCAUCGGGGCUCUUUGUCAGACGGAAUGGAGACCGUUCUGAGGUUAUUUGGAUUGAGAAUGUGGAAAUUCCUGAGGCCCAGUCAAAAAAUGGCAUCUACUCUGGGUUGAUCGAUUCGAAUUCAGCGUUCUCUGCAAAGCGGUGGGUUGAUGCAUUGAGAUGGAAAUUGAAGCGAAAGGAGAGCAGAUUCUCCAUAACGAAGAUGGAAGUCAACGAAACAGCUGGCAUUUGUUUGCUGAAUAUAACUGGAAACAUGAGGAGGGCUUACUUGGACAUUGUCAGUGAAACCCCUGCUGAUGAAAGAUGGGUUACUUUGUCCUACAAGGAUGUAAGAAUUUUGAGGAACUCCGCUUAUCCUGCUGACUCAGUCGUAAGGAAUUACGUAGCUGUGGCUAGCUUUCGGCUUCAGGCAAAACCCAUCUCAGUUAUUGAUUUUCUGGUUAAGAAGAAUAUGGAUAUACAGUGGCCUAGAUUGCUAAACGUGGGAGAGCCAGAAGAAAUGAUCAGGCUUACUUCGGGGCGUAAUUGCAUAACUAUACAUAGGAGAGUAGUUUUCCAAGACGGGAUCGCGCAGGUUCCAAUAGCCCAGGACGUUGAAUAUCUGUUACAAGAGACUUCAAGGGAUGGGUUUUGUUUCUUCGUUACAUCGACACCAAUUAGCAAAGCACAUGCCAAUAUGCUUCUCUUGAUCGGUGCGGGAACUGUGUCGGUGCGGCCUUCAGGGUUUGCUCUAAUGCCUGACGGAACUGACGGCUUCAAUUCUGAUGCUUCAUUGGUGACAGUUGCCAUCCAACAACAACUUAACGUUCCGAACCCUGAUCAAGCGAUUCCGAUAAUGUGUGACUUGGUUAACGGCAUCAUCAAAGAUAUAUCUGAAGAAGUUAGCAAGUUAAGCGACACAUCAAGCUGAACUUCGUUCUUAAGACCGAUUUGAGAAAAUGAAGACGGUUCUUGUACAUUCCAGGCUGCUUUCUAUAUCCAUGUGACACGAAAGUCGAAACUCUUUCUUUUUUCUGUAGCAUGUAUAAUGUCAGAUACGGUAGUCGUUCAAGGUAGAUGAAAUACAGGUGCAUAGUGAAGGAGCAUUUGACUUCUUUGGUGAUCAAUCUUUCUUUUGUAUACUUGGCAGACAAGUGAUAGAAGUAGCUUUUGAACUGA